UUCCGCCUACAGCAACUUCGUGUUGGCGGGGGCACAGGCAAUCUGCGCAAAACCCCUCCAAAAGCGAAAACCCAGAUUGACGAAGCUCAAAGUCUCAGUAGCCCGUCACCAUGCCUGCUCCUACACUCCUUUCUAGGGUUUCUGCAGCUGCUCGAUCUCGUUUUCUCGUCAGGCCCCGCAACAAGACCCCCAACCAUGCUGGAAUCUCUCCGUCCCAGUCGUCUGAUUCUGUAACGCGCAUAUCUCGCAUUUCCAGAUUAGCGCCAGAGCUGAGGUGUUUGGGAUCGAUGAUGCCUCUGCACAGCGCGAUCGCUUCCUCUCGCUUGAAAUCGAACCUUUCUGCGGAGUCUCAGAGCUGGGGCUGGAUUCCCCAAGAGAUGCUGUUUGGCGCAUCCUGCAAAAUACAGAUGGGAUUGCACUAAACAUCCCCGCCUACAAAAUAAAAUAAAAGAAACAAAAAAAAGAAGAAGCCCUAGAUGAGAAUGUGCUGAUAGCAGAUCAUACUCAUUAUCAUCACAUUCUUAUUUUUGUGCACUGAAGUCUCCAGUCCAUUUGGAAUUUUUAUGUACCAUGAUUGCCAAACUCUCCCUCAGGGUGUCCCAUUGAUAUUAGGAUAGAUUUAUGUUAAUUUGGUGAUUCAAAGUAAUUCUUUUCUACUGUUCUUCUCCGUUUCUUUCUUUCUUUUUCAAUCUUCUCCAUUUCCUUUCUCCUUUUUUUUUCAAAAAAAAAUAUAUUAAUUUUUUGAAUGGUGAAGCAACAAUGUUCUUGACCGAGACAAGAAAAUGUAGAAGAUUUUCUUAUAGAAUAAAUAUCAUGGUGGAAUCCUCGCUAUCUAUUUUUUUAAUUUAAAGAAUUGCUUCUUGGCUUCAUAUUGUAAUUCUGAUGGAUGAAGUGAUGUCUGAUCCAAGGUGUAUGAGUUCAAGCUUUUAUUUUAUAAGCUGAUAAUACUCAAGAAUUUAUUUAACAAGUUUAUGCUUCCAAUAUUUGCAAUGUUUAUGUUAAUGCAAACUUCUGGUUGUUGUGUGAUAACACCUUUUUGCCCUUUAAUUUUCUGUGGUUUUUGUGCCAUCUGUUCGUAUUUUACUUAUUUGUAUUGGGAGAAACCCAUAAAACCAAUUGUAUGUGUGAAUUUAUCACCAUGUGAUAAUUCUAUGAUAGCAGCAUGAUAUAUCUAGGGCCCCAAUGUUUAGAGUAUUGUGGAAGUCUUCAUUGCAUGAGUGCAUGAAAGUUGAAAUAUUUCUAAUAAUUAAUAUUGGGUUCAAGGUUCUUAGUGCAGUGUGAUUGAAAUAAGGAAUCAUGUUCCAUUACUCUUUUCUUUUCUUUUUUCUUUUAGGAAAUUCUGGAACUAGAUGACCUUAUGAGUCUUCCUGUUUUGACCAUCCGAGAUGAGAAGCUAAAUUACAGUAUCAUGGAUAGAUUCAGGAGUGACCUUUCUCCAUUGCGGAUUACCCACCAUUCAUUGCUUUCUUUUGUUUUGAGCCUUUUUAAAA